AUGUCGAAGGAGAACGAGAAAGACGACAUCGCCCACGACGAGGUCAGGGUAUCAUCUGUUGAGCAGGAUGGAUCUGCCCUCCCGCCCCUUCCUGCCCCAGGCACCCCCGAACGACUCGCAAUGGAGCGGAAACUUGUCCGGAGACUAGACUAUCGAUUGUUGCCCACUAUUUUCGUGAUAUACAUCAUGAACUACAUCGACGCAAGUCCUGGUUAUCGCUCGUGUUGGGGUGCUCAAAUGUUGUUACAGCGAAACGGAAUCACGACUGCGCGCUUAAAGGGCUUGCAACAGGAUCUAAGUCUAACAGACCUACAAUACAGUGUUGUGCUCUCGGUGCUUUUCGCGACCUACAGUCCAUUUCAAGUACCGUCAAACAUGAGAUCGUCUAAAUUAAGCUGCUUUCCUACUCGUUUUAGAUUCUUAACUACGUCACCCGGCGCGCCGUCCUGGUACAUCGGGUUUUGUGUUAUUGGUUGGGGUCUGACGAGUCUGCUCACGGGCGUGAGUGUCCCUGUACUAUACCGGUCAACCUACUUCUUUGUUGAUCCACUCCCGCGACAGGUGACCAAAAAUUAUGGUGGAAUUCUGGCAUGCCGUCUCUUCAUCGGACUACCCGAGGCUGCAUUCUAUCCCGGGGCGGCUUAUCUACUCUCUCGCUGGUACACUAAAAAGGAGCUCGCAUUCCGCUCCGCCAUCCUCUACUCCGGUCUACUUAUCUCGAAUGCUUUUGGCGCUUUAAUCGCAGCUGGAAUCCUCGGCGGAAUGGAAGGCGUUCGUGGCGUUCGCGCAUGGCGUUGGUUAUUCUAUAUCGAGGGCGCAAUUACAAUUGCUAUUGGUCUACUCACUCUGUGCGUUCAUGGCCACUCACGCUCGCUUCUCGCUUCUCAUCUCUCAUAUUUCUGGCUCAAUAGAUGGUUGCUACCAGACUAUCCAAACAACACUCGAUGGAUCAAAGGUGACCUGCGUCGAUUGGCUCAAGCGCGGUUGGCCGAAGAUGCAGGAGAGGCAGACAAAGACAACGAAAGCGACACACCUGUGACCGGACUCAAAAUGGCGCUCAUGGACCCGCUCGUGUGGGCCUUCGCCAUAAUGAAUACGGCUCAACUUUUGGGUCUAAGUUUCAUUAACUUUUUCCCGACUCUCACCAAGACCCUUGGAUUCAACACCACGAUCAGCUUGCUUCUCGCUGCUCCGCCAUGGGUUAUCUCCUCUAUUGUCUGUUGCGUGAAUGCUUGGCAUGCGGACAAAACCGGUGAACGCUACUUCCAUCUCGCUGGAUUGUGGUGGAUCGCCAUCCUUGGUUUCAUCAUCGGUCUUUCGACAUUCAACACUGGCGCAAGAUACUUUGCGAUGUUCCUCAUGGCCGUGUCUUACGCUUCCUUCCCACUGACUGCAGUAUGGGUUGCCAAUGUUAUACCGCGCCCGCCCGCCAAACGAGCAGCAGCUAUCGGGAUUGUGAACGGAAUUGGGAACCUCGGAAAUCUGAUGGGCUCGUAUGUGUGGAAAGCGGAAUGGGGCCCAGACUACCACCAGAGCAUGGGUAUCUCGCUCGGGUCGCUGGUCAUUUCUUCGCUCAUCAUGCUCGGCAUAAAACGCCACCUCAUGGGUAAAAACAAGAAGCUCGAUGCGGAUGAGCGCGCAGCGAUGGACGGUGCGGACAUGAUUCGCGUUAAGGAGGCAGCGAUGUUGGAAGGAAUCUCGUUGGAACAGGCCCUACAGAACCGCAGAGGGUUCAGAUACGUGCAUUAG